AUGGAGCUACGUUUACUUUCACUAAGCUGCAUUGUCUUCUAUGUCGCACUGGUUGGAAGUUCAUUGGCUUCAGUUCAGACAGUCGACUGGGUUGAAUCAUACUGGCAUUAUGUCUCGCCAAAUAUUCAGUUUCCAAAAGCUCUACGCAAUGUUUUACAGACAGCUACCCCAAUAAAAGGUAAAAACACGUACGAGGGAGUCGGAAAGGAUGCUCUUACACAAGCUCAUAAUAACGACAGCGGCAUCUCUCCUGAAGACACAUCUUUCGAGUAUUCAUUAAGCUACAAAUAUCACUGGUCGAGCUCUUCGAAUAAGGAUAAUAAUAAUGUCAAAAACAGCUCUGUUCUCAAAGCUUACCACGAUCAUAACAACGUUUUCUUUAAACAAAAAGCUCUCCACCCUGGUCAGGAAUUCACACUCCAAUUUCCCGAAUCCAAGUGCAAUGCCAAAUUCCUGCGACGCGAGGUGGCCAACGCCAUACCCUUUUCGAGUAACAAGCUACCUGAGAUUUUCGAAGAGUUUGGCAUCAAACCCGAAUCGGUUGAAGCCGAAACAGUCGAAAGAACUCUUCUGAUGUGCGACGAAUUGGCCAUCGAAGGCGAGACUAAGCUGUGCGCAACAUCUCCCGAAGCACUGAUCGAUUUUGGGGUGUCGAUUCUGGGAAAGAAUGUGGGAGUUUAUGCCUCAGAAGUGGACAAGGUUAGUAAUAAGGUGGAGAAGUAUACGAUCGUGAAGUCGAAGAAUGGAGUGAAAAAGAUAGCAGACAAGGGUGUUGUGUGCCACAAACAAAACUAUUUGUAUGGAUUAUUUUACUGCCAUGACAUCCAGUCGACCAAGGCUUUUUUGGUUUCGCUUGUGGGUUCCAACGAGCGCAGAGUUAGUAAAGCCGUCGCCCUUUGCCAUUAUGACACAAGGUUUUGGAACCCUCGUCACAUUGCUUUUCAGACUCUUAAUGUCAAGCCUGGAACUGUUCCCAUUUGCCAUUUUCUGCCUAAAGGCCACAUCGUUUGGGUUCCUACUACUAGUAUAUAAAUAUAUAUAUGUACUACGUAUGUAUGCUGCAGCCAC